CUUGCGUGAAUCUCCAGCAGCUCACCAGAAUUUUCCUCCCGAAGUCCAGCCUGCGCCCAGCAGCUUCUUCCCGUUAGAAAUAUGUUCUAAAUCACCUUAAGCACCUUGCCUUCUUGAAUUCCUCGCUUGUUGUAUACCUCAAGGCAAGGUAGUGAGAUUCGAGACGCAGGAAACUAAGGGGAGUGACAAGCUAGAAGGCUAGCCACUUGUAAUUGGAUAUAGAUUUUUAGAUAUAGGUUAUGAUUUUGUAAGUUAGAUUUUAUUUUAAGAUUUUAUAAAUUAAUUUAGUGGAUUGUUAGUUAUGAAUUUAGUCACUUCAGAGAAUUGUGCAUUUGUGGGAUCCUUUCACAAGUGUACGGAGUCUGUUUCGCUCCCAGUUUUUGGGUGUAACAAGAUCUUUGGCUUGGAAGAGGCUGAUCAAAUCUACAGGGGGGCUGGUUUCUUUAGUUGAAAAUUUUUUAUUCUAGCCAUGUUAGAAGCAGAUCAGGCGAGAAAAAGUUGUUCUUUUGGGUCGUUGUCCAUGGUGAGAGCAAAUCUUGGUGAGGAAAGAAAAGGAGAAGGAAUCGGUGAUGUCCCGAGGAAGAAGAAAGUGCUUAAAAUAAAAGUGGGAAGUUACAACCGGCAAAAGGAGAACAAAAGGAAAUUUUGGAAGAGAGAACACACGAUCAACCCUACUCAAACACCUACAAAUUUUCAAACUUUCAUUUUCUUUGCAAUUGCUUCCAAAUUUCGGAUAUCAACACAAUUUCCAAUAGAUCUAGGUAUCCCUCCUUCUUGCAAAUCGUCUGUAGGUGCAAAUUUCAAUUUUAAUCCAACAUUCUUUGCAUCAUCUGCAAGGAGGUCAAUUGUCAGGAAGAAGAGGGUCGUUGAGAAAAUCUCCUUUCUUACUUUCAACAAACAGCAGACCAUGUUAGCAACUGAGCGCUCCUUGGCCUUGUAUUCUGAGGUUUUCUAUUCAGCUGGUGAUUGUUGCAAUGCCUAUGGUACCAUCUCUAAUAUGCUUUUGAUGUGUGGACCUCACCGUUAUCCAUCUACAUUCCCUGCAAUGGCUCGGCCUUUGUUUCCUCCAUGUCCACCUGGACCACUUGGGACAAUGAUUUUAUGCUAUCUCUUCUUCAUCUUUGUGGACCUGUCAAGGGUUGGAAACGUGCCCAAGAUCCCACUGAGGGAACUCUUAGAGCCUUUGGAUUUUGUGAAUUUAAGGGGUUCUUCGUGUAGUAAAUUUAAUAUCGAUGGGCAAGAAUUGUCAAUAAAUGUUAAUCAGGCAACAAGAGAAUAUUUGGAGCAGUAUGUUAAUAGCAAAAUAGAAAAUGAAAAGAAGCUCAAAGAAACACAGUCUGCAGGGGAUGAGAAAGAGGAGGACAGUGAUACUGGCAACCAAAAAAAAUUUGACAUCGCCAACUCUGGUAUUACAACUGACGAAGACCAGGAGGCAGACAAAGAAGCUUCGGAUAAGCUUACUAGCAUGAUUGAGGAGAGGUUAAAGACCAACCCCUUGCCUCCACCCCCUGCACAACCAGCCCCUGAUGGUUCCACGAAGUCAAAUUCAGAGAUGCCAAAAUCAAAGGAUGGGGAUUCUGAUGGAGAUGUAAUGCAAUCAGGUGAGUAUCUUGCUAACAAGAAGAGUGACUGUUAUUAUAAGCCUUUCAACGUUGCUGGAGUUUAUAAUUCUGUGGAUGGAGCUGUAGUAAAAAAUGAUGAUGAGACCACUAGUGAUGGCAAAGCAACAAUAGAGUACGGUAAGCCCGAGUCAAGUUCACCUGAUCAUAGAGAUGAUUGGAGAAGGAGCAAAGAAGGAAGAUUGAUGAAGCAGAGCAUGAGUAUGAGAAGUGUCUUAGAGAUUGGGAGCAAAGAGAAAGGGAUAAGGAGAAACAGAGGCAAUAUGAGAAGGAAAGGUAGAAAGAGAGAGAGCGUAAACGAAGGAAGGAGAUUCGCUAUGAUGAAGAUUCAAGAAAAAGGUGGUGUAGGAGUGAGUUACACGAAAAGAGGAGGUUACGGGUAUAGGAGGAGGAUUUGGCAACCAGACUCAAGGAAGAAAAAGAAAUUGCUGAGGCCAAAAAGAGGGCCGAAGAGGAGCAGCUUCAGCAGCAACAAAGGGAUGCAUUAAAACUUUUGUCUAGUCGUGUAGCAAAUGGCGGUGAG